GGGAGGGGAGGGAGUGUGCCGGGAUGACGUCGCUCCGGGGGCGUGCCGGAAGUGAGGGAGCGGGGAGAGGCGGGCUGGUGCUACGGUGGCUGGGAGGAGGGCGGCGGUGCCAGCCCCCGCGCAUGAGGCCCCCCCCGUGAUGAGCUCCAAGGCCAAGCGGGUGCUGCCCACCCGCCCUGAGCCCCCCAGCGUGGAGCAGAUCCUGGCCGACGUGCGGGGCACCCACCCAGCCGACCCCGUCUUCCUCCUCCCCGCGGAGCCCCGCCGGGACCACGGCCCCUCUCCAGGCUCCCCCGGCCCCACCAGGCAGGAGGCCGCCGCGGAGGAGAGGGAGCGGCUGUACCGGCAGAGCCGUUCCUACGUGGAGAUGAACCAGCGGCUGCAGGAGUCCCGGGAGCGGCUGCGGGAGCGGUGCCAGGAGCUGCGACGGGCGGGAGCGGCGCUGGAGCGCGGCAUUUCGGAAAUGAGGCAGAAAGCUUUCUGAGGGCUGCCCGAAUCGGGGGUAGAACCGUUUGCGUUUGAUUUACCGGAGGAUCUGGCGUUGCCGCAGCUUGCCGGCAACCUCACCGGAGUGCAGGAGGGCCGGGGCUGGGCCGCCUUGGCAGCCUGACUUUUUUCUGGGGAGCCGCGGGACCUGCUGCCCGUGCCGGCGAGGGGCUGUCCGGGCACGGCGGCAGGUUCCCGGUGCGGGAGGAAAGGCUCAGCCCCCGCAUUUGGCCCCUGCUGUCCGUGAACUCGACGUCCUUGUCCCCGGCGGGUGGCAUGUCGUCUGCGCCCUCACGCCACAGCUUCACCUAUGACUUUUCCAUCUGGUACUGCCCCGAGGAUGACCACAUCGCCUCCCGCAUCUCGGAGCGCUUGAAGAAAGAGGGCUUUCGGGGUUACGCAGAGCACCAGGACCAAGUGGCCGGGACGUCCGUUGUCCUGACCGCCAUCAAGGUCAUUGAGGCCAGCCGGGUGGCCAUCCUCCUCCUCUCCGCCAAGUCCCUGGGCGACCCGUGGUGCCAGCGCGUUUCUCAAUGGAACCUCUAUCACAUCAUCCACCGCCACGGGACCAAGAUGAUCCCCGUGUACGUGGGCGUGAAGAAAGCCGAGGUGCCUCCCUUCCUGCGGCACCUCAUUGAGCUGGAGUACCAGACCGAGUUCUUCUUCGACAGGCUUGUGGACAGCCUGAGAAUCUCCCACUCGACAGCGAGCAAAGCCAGGCCUUCCCCCUCCUCCAAAGCGAAGAGCUGAGGGACCGUGGGGGGGCCGGGGGCCAGUUUUGCAGCUCGUGUGGGGACCGGGGCCGAUGGCCCCGCAGCGGUGGUGGCGGGAGCAGAAUUGUCCUGUACUGCUAAUAAAGGUGGUGGGAACGGGUCACCCCAGCGCUGGGGAUUGUCAGAAAUCUCAUUAAAAACCCUUCUC